CUCGCCUUGAAUGUAGGACGAGGAGUGCGUACGAGCCGAUAUUUAGGGUAUCGGAGCAACUCAGUGUCUAGGAGUAGCAAGCAGAUUCUGUUCAACAUUCACCUUCGUCCCCGUGUCCACCUCGAAAUCCUCAUCUUCUCUCUUGUGCUGUUUCGCCCUUGCCCUGCAGCCUUUCCUGCACUCUGCGUAAUUGUUCGAUCUUGACACGGCGCUAGCCAAACGGAGCUAGUCCAUUUGUACAGUUCCCAAGACCUCGUCGACUGUUGCGUCAUUUCAAAGUCGUAAGGAGAAUUUGCGAUUUUCUGAAGAUUCCAUGGCUGGAAUUGGGCCAAUGACCCAGGACUGGGAGCCCGUGGUUGUGCGCAAGAAGGCGCCGACCUCCGCCGCCAAAAAGGAUGAAAAGGCUGUGAAUGCAGCGAGGAGAGCGGGCGGGCCAAUUGAGACUGUGAAGAAGUAUAAUGCUGGAGCUAAUAAGGCCGCUUCGAGUGCAACUGGGAUGAAUACCAAAAAACUGGAUGAAGAAACAGAAGUCCUAGCUCAUGAACGUGUUCCUUCGGAACUGAAGAAGUUGAUAAUGCAAGCCCGUUUGGAAAAGAAAUUCACGCAGGCUCAACUUGCCCAGCUCAUAAACGAAAAACCACAGAUUGUACAAGAGUACGAAUCUGGAAAGGCCAUACCAAAUCAGUUGAUUCUUGUCAAACUUGAAAGAGUCCUAGGUGUGAAGUUGAGGGGUGACGCUCUCAAGGGCAAGAAGUGAUUAUGCUUCAUGUAUAGUUGGCAGCCUUGGUGUCUCUGCCGGACCAUGCAGUCUCGAUUUCAACCUGCGUUUUGGUUUAGGAUCAUGGAUACUACGCACAGCAUAAUCGCUCUCAGCUGGCUCCGUUUUUUUAAAUUCUCGCAGAAUAUUUGGGUAAAGCAGGAGUACUAUGUGGUCCAUGGCAGAUGAUUGGGGAACGGUUUCUCCUAUAUGGUGACUUUAGGACGGGUUUUAAGUUGGCUGGCAGCACCCUUUGCUUCAGCGGUAGAAUCAUGCACUUCUGCAUGAUGACCUGGGGAUAUGAUUAGACAGCAUUUCCCAUGUAAAAGUUGUAAGUAGAGAAGUGUUUGGUCGAAGUGAUAGAGUGCAAAUCAUGGUCAUAGCACUUUUGGUGACUCUAGCCUGGAAGUCUUGCCUGGGGUUUACUAGUUCGUGGCGCGGCGUCUUUCAUACAUUGCCCAACGAGUUUCAGGGACACAAGCGCCCUCGGGCACCAAUAUCCUUCACGUUUCAUGGACUCUUAACCGUGGACCUAAUGUUAUGCUUUGGUGUAAAUUUAUUAUGUGAUUGUUGCAGAAGCCUGACGAAGGCAUGAACGUCCAUGUAGAAGAGUGUGUAUUUCCUUUCAUUUAUGGAGCCUUGAGCAUCCCUGUUUUGACA